AUGGCUAGCCUACGGCCAUUCACUGGAGUGCUUACUCGGCUGGCCGCGCGCCAACUCCGGGCUUCAUCCGCUACCCUCGGCCUCUCCUCCAUCCAAACGAGACUGCACUCGUCCAAGCACCCAAAGGGCUUCGAGCCGCCGACCACCGAGGAGCUUGAAGAGCUGCGCGAGCGCGUGCAGGAUUUCACGCGCCGCGAGAUCACUGAGGCAGUCGCCGCGCACACCGACAAGUCCGAUGCCUUCCCUAAUGAGAUGUGGCCCAAGCUAGGGGGAAGCGGGCUUCCUGGGUGCCUUGUCGCGGGCACGAGCAUCGGCGCACUGGCCAUGUCCGAGUCCGGCUCCGGCAGCGACGUCGUCAGUAUGCGGACGACGGCCAAGGCGGUCGACGGCGGCUACCUCAUCAAGGGGUCCAAGAUGUGGAUCACAAACGGUCCCGACGCCGACCUCAUCGUCGUAUACGCCAAGACGCAACCCGACGCUGGCUCCAAGGGAAUCACGGCCUUCCUGGUCGGGACCAAGACCGAGGGCGUUAGCUGCACCCGCAAGCUCGACAAGAUGGGCAUGCGCGGCAGCAACACAGGCGAGCUCGUGUUCGACAACGUCUUCAUCCCGGCCGAGAACGUCCUGAGUACGGUCAACGGCGGCGUGCACAUGCUGAUGGAGGGGCUUGACUUGGAGCGCCUCGUCUUCUCCGCUGGUCCCCUGGGUAUCAUGCAGGCGGCCUUUGAUGUCGCGGCGCCAUUCUCUCACCAGCGCAAGCAAUUUGGACAGCCCAUCGCGCACAACCAGCUCAUCCAAGGCAAGCUGGCUGACAUGUACACCAAGUUGCAGGCUUCGAGGGCGUACACGUACACCACGGCCAAGCGCCUGGACGAGCAGGGAGUCAUUCGCACACAAGACUGCGCAGGCUCGAUUCUGUACGCGGCCGAGCGGGCGACCGAGUGCUCCCUCGAUUGCAUCCAGCUGCUGGGCGGCAUGGGCUACGUGGAGGAGAUGCCAGCAUCACGACUGUUGCGAGACGCCAAGCUAUACGAGAUCGGAGCCGGCACGUCGGAAAUUAGGCGCAUAGUCAUUGGCCGUGCGUUCAACAAGGAGUAUGCCAACGCGUAA